AUGAAAAAACAGAGGAAAAUUCUAUGGAGGAAAGGAAUCCACCUAGCCUUUUCUGAGAAAUGGAAUACUGGGUUUGGAGGCUUUAAGAAGUUCUACUUUCACCAACACCUGUGCAUUCUGAAAGCCAAGCUGGGAAGGCCAGUUACUUGGAGCAGGCAUUUGAGGCAUUUCCAGUGCAGAAAGAAGGCCCUUCAAAUCCAGAAAACGUGGAUCCAGGAUGAACCACUUUUUGCUACGACAAAAGGCAAUGUGGCUGUCCAGAAUCUUUGUACUUCUGCCUCUAAAGUGAAAAGAAAGGACACCAAGCACUUCAUUUCCUCCUCAAGGACCUUCCUGAAAUUCCAGGCAGAGAAGUUGCUGUCAUCAGCAAAGAACUCUGAUCAUGAAUAUUCUGGAGAGAAAAGUCUCUUGAAGGCAGCUGCUGACUUAGCAGUAAAUAGUGUUUUAGGUCAGGCCAAUGGUCACAGACCUAAGACGGAGCCACAAGCUUCUGAUUUUCCUAUGAAGUUCAGUGGGGAGAGCCAGAAUCCAGGUGAGAGUGACAGAAUUGUGGUCACCUUAAGCACCCAUAAGAGAAAGCGCUUUUGUUAUGGCUGCUACCCAGGGCUGGUGCACCACAGGAACGGGGGACCCUUGAUUCCAAAAAAAUUUCAGCUUAACCAGCAUAGAAGAAUAAAAGUAUCUCCUCAUAUGAUGUAUGAGAAAUUGUCCAUGAUUAGAUUUCGGUACAAGAUUCUCAGAUCCCAGCACUUCAGAACAAAAAGCAAAGUUUGCAAGCUAAAAAAAGCCCAGCAAAGCUGGGUGCAGGUCACUGGGGACCAUCAAGAGACCCUUAGGGAGAACGGCGAGGGUGGCAGUUGCGGCCCAUUCCCUUCCCCGGAACCUAAAGACCCUUCUUGUCAGCGUCCACCAUACUUUCCAGAUAUGGACAGCGAUGCUGUGGUGAAGGGAAAGAACUCUCAUGUGCCCGAGGGCCACGCUAAAAGAAGCCCUCUCUUGGACAAGGAGCUUAGUUUAGAUGAAGCAUUCCCUGACCAACAGAAUGGCAGUGCCACAUACACCUGGGACCAGUCACCCUGUUCCUCUCCUAAGUGGGAGUAUACAGAGCUGAUUCAUGACAUCCCCUUACCAGAACAUCAUUCUAGUAACGUGUUCAUCUUGGAAACCGAGAGAGAAGUUACGGCUCUGGGUCAGGAAAAUCGGACAAGUACUGUCAGUGAUGACAGAGUAAAACUGUCAGUGUCCGGGGCAGAUCAGUCUGUGAGGAGUGUAGAUGGGCCUGUGUCUGAAGAGACUGUUCAGAAUGAGAGCUCGUGCCAGAUGGAUGAGGAUGGCUCUUUCAAGCAGAAUAUUCUUAGCUCUAAGUUGCUGGACCACCCUUACUGUAAAAGUCCACUGGAGGCUCCUCUGACGUGCAGUGGACUCAAACUAGAAAACCAAGUGGGAGGUGGGAAGAACAGUCAGAAAACCUCUCCAGUGGAUGAUGAGCAGCUGUCAAUCUGCCUUUCUGGAUUCCUAGAUGAGGUUAUGAAGAAGUAUGGCAGUUUGGUCCCACUCAGUGAAAAAGAUGUCCUUGGAAGAUUAAAAGAUGUCUUUAAUGAAGACUUUUCUAAUAGAAAACCGUUUAUCAAUAGGGAAAUAACAAACUAUCGGGCCAGACAUCAAAAAUGCAACUUCCGCAUCUUCUACAAUAAGCACAUGCUGGAUAUGGAUGAUCUAGCAACCCUGGAUGGUCAGAAUUGGCUGAAUGACCAGGUCAUAAAUAUGUAUGGUGAGCUGAUAAUGGAUGCAGUCCCAGACAAAGUUCAUUUCUUCAACAGCUUUUUUCAUAGACAGCUGGUUACCAAAGGAUAUAAUGGAGUAAAAAGAUGGACUAAAAAGGUGGAUUUAUUUAAAAAGAGUCUUCUGUUGAUCCCUAUUCACCUGGAAGUCCACUGGUCUCUCAUUACUGUGACACUCUCUAAUCGAAUUAUUUCAUUUUAUGAUUCUCAAGGCAUUCAUUUUAAGUUUUGUGUAGAGAAUAUAAGAAAGUAUUUGCUGACUGAAGCCAGAGAAAAAAAUAGACCUGAAUUUCUUCAGGGUUGGCAGACUGCUGUUACAAAGUGUAUUCCACAACAGAAAAACGAUAGUGACUGUGGAGUAUUUGUGCUCCAGUACUGCAAGUGCCUCGCCUUAGAGCAGCCUUUCCAGUUUUCCCAAGAAGACAUGCCCCGAGUGCGAAAGAGGAUUUACAAGGAGCUGUGUGAGUGCCGGCUCAUGGACUGAAUCAGCAGGGACUCUGGGAAGUCUGACCAAGUUGGAGCAGGUGGUUUGUUACUUGAAUCUCCAAACACUUAUUUGAAUUUUUACAGGUAUUUCAGAUCAGUGGUGUUGGGCCACUAUUGUUACCUCAAGUUUAUUUUCUGCCCUUAACUCAUUUCUCUAGUGACCAUGUACUAUUUUUUAAUGUUCAGUUUGGUUUCAUUUUUAAUUUUAUGGAUUCUGUG